AUGAGGCGUGAAGUGUUCCUCCGCAUGUUAAAGCAUGUCCAGACGGCAAACCCAUACUUUAGGCAGUCACAAGAUUGUGCUGGGCGUCUAGGCUUCUCGCCUCACCAGAAAUUGACAUGCGCUCUUCGAAUGCUAGCUACUGCAUGCUCGGCUGAUUCCUUAGAUGAAUCAUUCCGUAUGCCUGAAUCGACCGCCAUUGAGAACCUUAGUCGAUUUUGUCGUACUAUUGUCACCAUUUAUCAAGAACGCUAUCUUCGGGCUCCUACAACAGAAGAUUUGGAUAAGCUUUUACAAAGAGCUGAGCGACGAGGAUUUCCUAGAAUGAUAGGUUCACUUGAUUGUGAGGCACCACAACUUAAUUACCAUGUCAACGGGACUCCUUACGAGUUUGGGUACUACCUUGCUGAUGGCAUCUAUCCUAAGUGGGUGACACUUGUGCAAUCAAUCAAACAUCCUGAGAAUGAUGUAGAAGUGUACUUUUCCACCAAGCAGGAGGUGUACCGCAAGGAUGUCGAAAGAGCAUUUGGGAUUCUGCAAGCACGAUUUGCAAUUAUUAGGCAACCUGCAAGAGGUUGGGAGCGAGAAUCAUUAUCGACAAUCAUGUUGGCUUGCAUAAUACUUCAUAACAUGAUUGUUAAGGAUGAACGAGAUGACUACUACAAUGGUGAGUCCGACGAUGAUGAUCCGAAUCCAAAUAGGUCGAGGAGAGCUCGGGCAAGAAUAUAUGAUGGCCCAAAUUUGCCGCGUAAUCCAAGAACCGGACAUAUCACAAUGACUGAAUACAUGUCUCGUUACCAAAAGAUACGCUCUUGUGUUGGAAAUAAUAAUCUACGAAAUGACCUUAUCCAACAUGUUUGGUCAAAUAGACGAUGCUAG